AGGUGGUGGAGGUGCGGUGCGUGGCGGAGAUCCAUGGAUAUGCAGUACAUACUAGCACUUGUCCACUACUAUGCUCGCGAAGGUUACUUCAGACAUGUACAGACGGUCUGCAAUGAAGUGCUCAAGAAGCGGCCUGGGGACCCGGUGCUUACGUUUUGGAAAGCGUAUGGAUUGCUUAUGGAAGGAAAUACUGCCGAUGCGAUGCGCGACCUUGGCAGCAUUGCGGGAAACGUCGAUCUGGAUUUAGCCGUCUGUGCGGCACAGCUGAUUGGCCAUGAAGCAGCCAGAGUCCCCGACCACGAUGCAAUCAUCGACCUACAAGCAAAACUGGAGGUCGAGGAGCGAGCGGCCUCCGACACGCCAUGCGUGCACCUGGCGUCCUUAUACCUGUACACCAAGAGCAAAGAGAGGGCGCGGGGCCUGGUGGAGAGGGUGCUCCGGAACCAGCCAGACCACCUGCAGGCGCAGGUUCUGUUGGGCUGGAUCAUCGUCAGCCAGCAGCAGGACGAUGAAUACGACAUGCUUUUUGACGAGAGCGAGCUGGACGAGGCCUACACGCAAUUUGAGCAGGCGGUGGAGCAGGACCACAGCGACCUGCAGGCCCUUUUGGGCAAGGCCAAGAUACUGGAGCUGAAGAAGCAGAUGGCUCAGGCGGUAGACGUGCUGGCGGAGAUUAAUGUGCGCUUCGCCUGGUUCGUGCCCGCGCUGGUGGAGAAGGCGCGGCUGUUGAUGGUGUUGGGCGACUGGGAGCAGGUCACGGAAACGCUGCAGCGGGUGCUGUCCUCGGACGCUCAGAACAUCAUGGCACAGGCCUGGGCGUGCAUGAUAUCUCUCACACGCGAGGGCAACAACAAGCAGGCCGCCAAGCAGCUGCAGGACCUGUUCACCGCCAUGAACCGCCAGGAGCCGAAGAACGCCGAGCUGUUCUACAAAGUUGCUCGGCCCUUCGCCCGACUGGCCUGCAGCGACAGCACCCUGCUGGGGAUCACCUUCCUUAUGGCGGACCGGGCGGUGCAGCUCAAGCCCGACCACGCGCCCUAUGUUGUGGAGGCGGCCGCUCAGAAGUUGUUGAUGGACGAGGUGACCAACGCCACGGAGCGCUUCUCCCAGGCCAUGCAGCUGGACGAGCUCAACCUGGACGCCAACGCGGGUGUCCUGGAGGCCCAGAUCCUGAGUGGGGAGCUGGAGGAGGCGGCCGGACAGGUGGGGGCGGGCUCCAGCGACAACCCCACGAUCACGUAUUUGAAGGGCCUGCUGGCAUGGAAGCAGGGGAGCAUAGCGGACGGGCUGGCGCUGCUGGAACGAGCCAUCGCCGCGCUGUUCACCGCAGCCGCGGAGUACUCGGGGCCCUCCCUGGAGAUGUACGCGGUGCUAAACCCCGCACGCAUCACGACGGUGGUGCGGCUGCUGCUGCAGGGCGUGGGGGGGGAGCCGAGGGCACCUACGGAAGCUCCCUCGCCGCUCAUCAGCAAGGUGACCCGCGCUCUGGACCUGCUGAAUAAGCAGGCCCCCGCGCUGCUGGAGUCCUCGUUGCUGCACGCUCGGGCCCUGUACUUGAACGGCGCCCUGGACGCGGCGCUACGCAAGGCGGGGGAAAUCCUGCGCAUGAACCCCGAGGAGUCGGGCGCACAUCUCCUCAUUUGCAGCGUGUAUGUGGCGCAGGACAAGCCCGACCUGGCUCUGUCCGCUCUGGACCAAGCUGUGAGCAGCAACUUCGCGGUGAGGGAGACGCCCCUGUACCACGUGGUCCAGUCCAAGGUGCUCAUCGCGAACGGCAAGCUGGAGGAUGCAAAGCGGGUCCUCGAGUCCGCCAUGAACCUGCCGGGGGUGCGCACCCCUCUGAGCGCCCAGCAGCGCGCCCGUAUGGGGCGCAAGGUGGUGGAGCCCACCCUGCAUGAACGGGCCACCAUAUACCUGCUGCUGGCGGAUGUGCUGGCAAGGAUAUCCAAGAUCCCGGAUGCGCCGGAGGCCAAGAAGUACAUCCAAGACGCCAUCCGCGAGUUCGAGGGCACCAGUGAGGAGGUCCGCGUAACGGUGGCCGACUGCGAGCUGGCCAUUGCACGCGGCGAUGUGGAGGGCGCGCUCAAGAAGCUGCGUCGCAUCCCCAAGGACUCCCCCCACUACGUCAAGGCGCGCAUGGCCAUGGCGGACAUCUACCUGCGCCACCGCAAGGACAAGACCGCCUACAUCAAGUGCUACAUGGACCUGGUGGACCACACUCCCGACUACGACAGCUACUGCAUGCUGGGUGAGGCGUUCAUGCAGAUCCAGGAACCGGAGAAGGCGGUGCGCGCCUUUGAGAGCGCGCUGGACUUCAACCCCAAAGACGUGGACCUUAUCACCAGGUGCGCCCGCGCCCUAGUGACGAGCCACGACUACCAGCGGGCCAUAGACUACUUCACGAAGGCCAUCGCCAACGCGCGCGGCGGGGUCCAGCACUCGCUUCAGCUGGAGCUGGGUAACCUGUUGGUGCGGCUGCGGCAGUGGCAGCCCGCUACCGCCGCCAUCAAUAAGGCGCUGGAGCGCAACCGGGAGGGACUGCCGGCUACGGAGAACCUGCAGCUGGAUGUGGAGGGGUGGUCAAUGUUGGCCAAGGUGCACAAGGGCACGGGCGACAUGGACGGCUACGUGGCUGCUCAGACACGCGCACUGGACCUUCAGAAGCAGCUGCUGCUCAAGCUGCGGGGGGAGCUGCCCGAGGCGGUGGCCCUGCAGCGGGAGCGAACUGCCGCCAUCUGCUUCGACCUGGCGGAACAGCACAAGCGGGCGAGGAAGUUUGACAGGGCCAUGGAGCUGUACAUGGAGGCCCUCCGCCACCACGAGACCCACGUGCCGUCCAUGCUGGCGGUGGCCAAGCUCCACCUGGCCAAUGGCGACACGGACGCAUGUCAGGCGCAGUGCGUCAACCUGCUCAAGCACGACCCCGACAACGAGGAGGCGUCCAUCAUGUUGGCGGAGCUCAUGUUCCACAAGGAGCACUACGACACCGCCAUCUACCACUUCCAGCAGCUCCUGGAGCGCUCCCCCAACCACUACGGUGCCCUGGCCCAGCUCAUCCUGCUGCUCCGGCGCGCGGGUAGGCUGGAGGACGUGCCCCGGUACUUCAAUUUGGCUGAGACGGGCUCCCCCAAGGCCAUCAUGGAUCCUGGCUACCACUACUGCAAGGGACUGUACAACCGCUACACCAACAACCCCCGCGAGGCGCUGAAGGAGCUCAACCUGGCUCGCAAGGACUCCCGCUGGGGCUCCUCAGCCAUCCUGCACAUGGUGGAGAUCUACCUCAACCCGGAUAACGACGCGGUGUGGGAGGAGAAGGAAAACGCCGACACACCGGAGAGCCGGGAGGCAGUGGCCACCGCGCGGAGCCUGCUUAGACAGGUAGUCCGCGGUGCUGACACCACCACCCAGCGAUACAAGGUGCUGGAGUGCUACGCCAUGAUGGCGGGCAAGGACAAGAACGAGAUUGAGAACGCGCUGAACGCACUCCUGGACUUGGCCAACCAGGACCCCAACAACGUGCCAGUCCUGCUGGCCAUGGCCACCGGCUUCAUGAUGCUCAAACAGACGCCCAAGGCCCGCAACCAGUUAAAACGGGUCCAGAAGAUCCAGUACAAGCCGGACGAGGCGGAGGAGUUUGAGCGCAGCUGGCUGCUGCUGGCGGACAUCCACAUCCAGGGCGGCAAAUACGACCUCGCACAGGACUUGUGUCAAAAGUGUCUCAAGUACAACAAGAGCUGCGCCAAGGCCUGGGAGAUUAUGGGGCAGAUCAUGGAGAAAGAGCAGGCGUACAAAGACGCCGCGGACCACUACGAGAACGCUUGGAAGCACGAGAACCAGGCCUCCGCGCAGGUGGGCUACAAGCUGGCGUUCAACUACCUGAAGGCGAAGCGUUUCGUGGAGGCGGUGGACGUGUGUCACAAGGUCAUCAAGACCUUCCCGGACUAUCCAAAGAUACGGAAGGAUAUUCUGGAGAAGGCGCGCAUGGGCCUCAAACCCUAGUGUGGCGAGAGGGUGUGUGUGUGUGUGUGUGGCGGCGUAAGAGGUCCGGCGGCGUGGGGAGCGGGAAGCAGUGGAGGCGAUGGAAGGAAUAAGCGAGGAGGCUGCUGUCAAGCCGGGUGGUCCGUCACUAUACAGCUGCCCCCUGCUGCCUACCCUUAUCGUAUAUGGGUGGGAAGGUAGUAAGGCCCUUAAGGGAAAGCCGGAUCCGUGUCUGACGGCUGGAGCGGGUCCGGUAGGUGGGGUGGGGAAGCAGGGGGGAGGGGAAGGGACAUGGAGUGAGGUGCAUGCGAGGAGGUGCAGUUGCAGGGGUGCUUGUGCAAGGGGAGGAAGGGAAGGGAGUUCAGGAAAUGGACCCAAUGGGCUGCUGAUGCUGCUGAUGGUGAUGGUGAUGGUGAUGGUGAUGGCGAUGAUGAUGGUGAUGAUGGUGAUGAUUUGGGCUGACGGCGACGACUGGUCUAUGGCGGAAAGGGAGGGCCGGUCUUUGGGUCAUGCGGUGUACCUUUUAUCUUCUCUACGUGCCGCCACCUUGAAGUGAACACGGAUUGUUCGAGAGCUUGUGCGAAUUAGGCCCCAACUGAAAUGACGUGGAGGCCAGGGGGAGCAGCAGCUGGUAGUGGUGACGGUGGUGGCGCCAGCAGGUGGUGGAGCUAGGAAGGGACUCCGCCUUCGUGUCCGGGAAUCGUACAGUCCCGAUGUGGCGGCGUGCACGGGCCCGGGCUGGGAGAGCGGUAGCGCGGCUGGCUGGCUGGCUGGGCGGGGUGAGCUCUGCUCAAGGGAACGGCAUUACCAUGACGAUGGCGAUAGAACGACAACGUGCAGCCAUGUGGAUGGUGAAUGUGCACUACAUGGCAGGAAGCUGGAGCUCUUUCUCAGCGGCGUAACUCUCGUGCAUGUAAGACUUAUGUACGGG